CUCGGACCGCUGGAAAUGAAGAAGCACGAACGUUUCCGCCGAUCCGUCAGAAAGAAGAAGAAUUUAAGGAGACGAGACGCACAGCAGAGAGAAGCGUCAGACACCUCGAGAAAGCGUUUCAUCCUCCUCCUUUCGGAUUCUUCCAUCUUCUCUUCUUUCCUCCCUCUUUUGAUCCUCCCUCGACUUUGAAUCCGUUCAUCACUCUCUCCCCCUCUGUCCCCCUUCUCUCGUUUACCGCGCCUCCGGGUCUUCUGUCUCCUCUUUGCCUACGCUAAAAAGCGACAGCGCCUCGGUCUCCAUUGCGGCCUGUUCGUCUCGGCGCGUCUUCUUCUCUUCUCUCUUCUCUCCUUGGUUUUCCCUCUUUUUUCUCAUCUUUCUGUGAGUCUCCUUCGACAUCAAAGGCCUCACUUCGACUCACGCUGCUCUCUUCCGCUUAUGCGUGCGUCUCGUUUCCUCUUGCGUCUUCGCCUUCGUCUGGUCUAACGGAGCCGCUUUUCUUACUCUUCUCAGAGACAGUCUCUUCCACUUGUUCCUCUUCUUCUCUUCGUCUCCCUCCGCUCUGUCUUAUGCUUUGGGGGAAUGGAGGCCUUCGAGGACGCCGUCGUCGUCGAUGAUGACAACAAGGAGGAACCUCGCAUAUCUCACUUCUCUUCUCAGCGCUUCCCUCCAGUCUCUUCUUCGCCUUUCGCUUCCUCUUCCUCUUCUUCAGCUUCUUCGUCAACUCCUUUGAGGUCGUCGAGAGUGCCUUGCGAGGAUACGUCGGCUUCGAGUCCUCUGCCGAGCGACGUGAAUCGCCUGCAUGCGCGAAUUCAGCUGCAGCGCGCGAAAAUUGAAUUUCAGGAAAAGCGGAUUUCUCAGCUGCAGCGAGAGCGAGAAGAAGCGCGUUUCCGCCUCGCCAGUCAGCAGAGAGACGCGGAGACAGGCGAGCGGAGAAGGAGACAGAGAGGAAGUGACGGAGAAACUGACGGCGAGAAGGAAACAGCCGAACGUGGAGUAGGCUCCUGGGGAAGAACCGGGAAGUGGAUCGGCAGAGGCGGCGCGUCAAGCGAAGGACCCGACCGAGAAGAUGCACUUGCUUGCGAGAACGACAGGCUUCGACAGCGAGUUGAGGAGCUCGAGCGCCGGCAUCGAGAGCAUGUCUCUCUGCUUUCACAGUUGCGCUCUGCUCAAGGAAUAGAAAGAGGUGCUUCGGUGGCCGGUGUCGCUCUCUCUUCUGGAGAGCUGCAGGCACCAAGCAGAGGCGAAGAAAAGCGAGAGGACCCGCCGCUUUCGUCGCAGAGAACCACAGAGAAACGCCUCCAGAAUGAGGCGAGAGAUGGCCAGAAGAACGGAGACGCAUUUCUGGAGAGAGCCGCGAACGCGCGACAGAGAGAUGGAGGCGCAGAGGACGAGCGAGGGGCCUGGAGAGAGAAAGAAGAUGGUCAUUGGAGGAAGGCGCUCGACGAGCUUCUAAACAGCGAAGAGGCACUGGGCGACUUGCCUGAGAUCUCAACACAGAAACUAAGAGACAUUUGCAUGCAUCUCCGUCUGCCUGUCAAUCGCCAGGCAACACAGCAAAACACUGGUUCCUCUUUUACCUCUUCUUCCUCUUCCGUUCCUGAGUCGAGCGGCACCUUUGGGGGCGCUGCAACUGGACCUGCAAAGGGAGAAGAAGAAGGAGAAGAAGACGAAGAGGGAGAAGAAGAAGGAGAAGAAGAAAACUCGACAGGCGCGUCUGAGGAAGGCGCCAGAUCGAGUGUGGGAGACGCCGCUGGUAAAGGGAGAAGAGAGACAGCGACCGCUGCGGAUGGCACAGAGCAGGUCCUUCUCCGUUCGCUCGAGUUGAUCAUGGCCCAGAGGGGAUCUGAGACCUGGGGGCCGGUGCUGUCGCCGGCCUCGUUCCGCCUGUUGUCGCUGGCUCUUCGACGACUCGUGAGAACCAGCUCGGCGCUUGCGCGCUCGGAGGCUGCACUGUUCGCAGCUGCAAGUCUUGGGUCUUCUUCGCCUGGGUGGGCCUCUCUCCAGCCUUUUCAGGAGGCUGGCUGCGACACGAUUCAGGCGGUCUCCUCGCUUUUGAAAGAACUCGAAACGCGCAACGGCGAGGACGGAGAACGUGGUUGUACAGACGCGGACCCAGUCCAGGCAGCACGAAGGCUCCUGUCGCAUCUCGAGCGGGAACAAGAGAGCUACAGACACGACUUCGUCUCCGCCUUCCAAGCGUUCUGGAUUCUCUUCUCCGGCGAACUGGAGCGCAGCCUCCAGUGUUCGUACACCCCAGCUCGGCUGUGCGCCUUCCUGGACUUCCUUCACGUCCUCUUCUCUCGCUUGCCUGGCGCCUUUGUCGCCUUUUUCCUUCACGAGGAAAGCAGCCGGGAAGCAGGCACUCGAGUCGAAUACGAUGGUAUACGGCGAAAUGGAGAAAGUUAUCUUUCUACGUCGUUUGAAUCUCUGCAGACGCCGAGGGAAGGCGACGUCCUUCGCGACAUUCUUCACAGCGUGCAUACAGCCUUGAAGCAAUUAGAUCCGGCUCUUCCUGACUACGUGGAAGACGUUUACCUCGCCGGUCAGAGACCACGAGAUGAGACACGACGCAGACUUUAUCGGCACCAGCCAGAGGGAACAGAUGACGGCGCCAUGACUGAACAUGACAUCUCCAAACGCAUGUCGCGGCUCUCAGAGCCACAGCGGCCUUCUCCGGCGCCUCUUGUGCGAGCUCCCGAGGCUCCGGGCGCGCAUUGUGGGCGAGAAGGACGGGCCGGCGACGCGCCGGAGAACGGAGACAGCCAGCGAAGUUCACUGGCUUCCGCUGCGCCGAGACAAGACCCGCAGAGACAUGUGGGGACAGGCGCCCGUGGCAACGCGAGGACUGAGGAGACACCGCAGACUCUCAGGGAUACGCGAACAGAAAAAGGCCUUUCAGGACCGACGCGCCUGCCAGGGGAUGAACAGCUACCUCGAUAUCCGACCCCCUUCUUCUACCGUCUUGCAUCCUCUCCGGUCACCGAGUCUCCUCAUUCUUAUUCAUUUGUUCCUUCCCCACCUUCGUCACUUUCGUCUUCUUCGUUUUCCCCCGCUUCGUCAUGGACUCCUGUCGUCUCGAGUCCGCUGUCUGCGCCUGCGUCGGUGCCGCCUCUUUGGGCCUUCUCGUUUAUUUUGAAUCGCAUGUUACGCCUCUUCCAGAGCCUCGCGUCCUCGCUUCUUCUGCACCAGCAUCGGCUACUUCACUUUCUUCGGUCGCUCGACGCGUCGACGUCUUCGCCUGGUUCUCUCACCUUUUCCCCGUGGACACUCCACCCCUCCGCCCCUCUGUCUGUCUCCUCUUCAUGGUCCUCCCGCGUCUCCUCGUCUCUCUCUCCGACUGCGAGUUCGCUCGCGACUUCGCCUCCGCGACCCGCUCGCGCGUCUGCGGUUCCGACUCAAGAAUCUCGACGAAACGCGACCUCGCUUCUGGCAUUUCGGGAGCUGUGCCGCACUGAGGCUCGCGCGGCAAUCCUCGCGCAACUCCAGCGACUGGAAGAACGCGCCUUUUCCUCGUUUCUGCUUCUCCUCGACGCAGAGCCGUCCCUCCACGAACUCCUCCAACUGCACGCUCUCACGGAUCCGCCGAAGUCGCCUGCCCUCGCGCCGUCGCUCCUCACGAGUCACCCUGCAGUUCGAAACUUCCUGGAAAGCGAGGAGAAAGUCGAUCGACUCGAAAAGUCAGGACAUGCUUCUGCAGACCCUGGGCGUCCUCCGAUCCCCCUUUUCGGAGGAGAUAACGCGAGCAAGACGGGAGACAGCCUUGCGAGGGCAGACACGAGCCAGGGGUCAGAGCAAAGUCGAGAAAGGGAGUUCGGAAACGGAGAGACGGACAUGCUUCGACAGGUGGAAUGUCUUCGUCUUCUUCUGGAGGCAUGCAUUAUCCAGUUUCAGCACCCACCCGAGCCGCUCUUCGAUCUUCGUCUCUCAGCGUUACGCUUGAUUCGAGACACGCUGCUCGUUUGUCGCUACUCCUUCGGACAGGUAGUAGAUGACAUGCGGCGGAGACGGCCGCGAUCUUCGCGUGAUGCCUCAGCGCGAACGCGGGGGUUUUGCGGCAGCGUCGGACGAGUGCACGAAGGUGCAGACAUCCAGGACAACGCGAGCGCCUCAAGUCCGCUUCGGGACUCCGCAGAGCCUCGUUCGCCUUCCCGCGAGAAGACACACCCAACAUGUGAGGCUGAAGCAUCCAUCGGCACCGGCUCUCCACCCCGGCACACGCCCGUUCGCUCGCCUCCGCGCUCGACGCCUUGCUCGUCUUCUCGUUCGCGGUCGUCUUCGCUGUGUGCCUCUGGUCUCUGCGAGGUAGACAAGGGGCGAGAACGCAUUCCUGGAAGAGAUCUCCUGCAUGCGGUGUCGCUCUUUGUCUCUGCCGAGGCAACGCACUGGAUGCAGGAAGAGCGAGAGUGGCUCUUCGGCCCCGCGGUACUUCAGGCUGCAUCGAUGCUUCGCCGCCUUUCUUUCCUGUCGAUCCCGAAAAAAUGUCCAUGCGGACACGGCGAAGAACUGCGAGCUGGCGGCCAGGAUGGCGGCUGGGCUACCCCGGGAGAACGACGCGAACGGCCAGAAGAAGGACAAGUGGAGGACGGAGAGAACGCGGGGAAAGCAAGGAAACCACACACGGAGAGUGGAAGGAGGGAGAAGACAGUAAGUGAGGAUCUUGAGUUUCCAGCUUGGUGUGCGAACGCCCCGAUGUCGAUGCAUCUUCUCUCUCCAACGUGGGAUGCUCCGUUGUCUCCUGCUUCUUCGACUUCUUCUCGAACCUUUCCCAGUCCCCGUCCUGCGCCGAGAAAAGAGGUCUCAGAGGUGGCAGCUCUGCGCCUUCGAGAAGCAGCCCUGAGUCUGUUCGCCGCGCUCCUCACCCUUCCAAACAAUGAGGAAAUUUUUCUGGGCUCUCUUGACCACUGGACUGGGUCUUCGCCGUAUACACCGACCCUCAUUCAGCGGGUUCUGCUACUGGCGUGGUCUCUUGUUCUCCCUCUUUCGACUUCCGCGUCUUCCUUCGUCACGCCACCUCGGCCUAUCCGUCUGGAUCCGUCACUGCCUCUCUACGAUCCCGUUGCUCUCCAACGUCUCCUUUUUUCGCGCGGAUCCCGGGAAGCGGGAGCUGUGUCUCCACAGGAAACCCCUUCAUCACCCUACGAUGAAGUCUCGUUUCAGCUUCUCCUCCAGACACAGCGUCGGCAGCAGUCUCCCUCCCUUUCUUUCCCUUCUCUGUCAGGUUCUCUUGCUUUCUCUGCCCCGCCGUCUUCUCCCUCGCUUCUCCCUCGUCUGUCCUUCUCCCGAAGGAAUCACCGCGCACUCCAGGGUGUGUGGGGCAGUUCAAGAAGUUUCUGUCCUCUAGAUGGGCAGCACAACUUCGCACAAGAAAGCGAUCAAGAGACUCUGGCUUUUCUGAAGUAUCGUUCUUUCUUUCCGGGUGCAUGUCGUACAUGUGUGUCCUCAGCUGCUUCUCGUUCUACUUGCUCUACAUGCCCCACAGGGGCAAGCACGCCUCCUGAGACGCCUCUGUAUGCAUCCGGAUUCGACGCUUCAUUUGCGGCUUCAUCUCCCGCUUUGUCGAUCAGCUACAUACAUCUUUGCCUCUUGUCUCCGUGGCUGCUUCACGUGCAUGAAAAGAGUUUUUCGUCCGUCAGACGGGAUCUCCUCCUUUCUUCUUUACGGUCUGUGCUGUCGAUUCUCACUCACAAUGUGCUCUUAAGAGGCGCCAGAGAGUGUGAUGGGAGACCGGUGCCUGGACAGAGCAACGGCGAAAGAGAGUGCAGGAGCGAGCGACCGGCAGGGGAACAGCAGGGGAACGCAGUGGCUCGUAGACUCGAGGUGUCAACACCAGGCGACACAAAUAAAAUGCAGGACGAUGAAGAAUCUGAGAAAAGGAAACAACGUAUAAUGGACGCGUUCAGACGAAACGGAAAUCUGGCGAACGAACAUUUCCUCUCCCCAGAUACACUUGGACGGACUUGGCCCAUCUUAAGGGCUUUGUGCGGGACCCUGGAAGCUCAGAUGUGUGCUGCUGGUGGUUCAUGUCUUGCCGACUUCCAGCCGUUUGCUUCUCUUCUUCAGGCUGCUCUACAGUAGGAUCUGUGCUCCUCGGGGUGUGUAUACUUUAGGACUAUUCCCCUCUUUUUUCGAGUUUUUCUCCUGUGCUCCUUUUUUGUUCUCAAAACGUGCUCGUUGUCCCGUUUUCCCAUUCCCACAGACACCUGGAAACACGUUCCAGAGUUUUCCAGGACCUUCUCAGUUCCACCUCUUUUAUGGCAUCCGGGCGGGGUGGUACUUUUAGAUCCCGAAAGGGAAAUGCUCGGAUUUCAAAAAUACUUGGAUUCCUCUUUACAGCGCAAACGCAGAAACUCAUGUAACAUUUAUCCCAAGUGGUUUAUCUAGUGC